AUGGCCAUACGGAUAGCAAAGAGAUGGGACAAGAACUCGGUGGAUGUGAGGCAGAUCAAGGUGAUUAAGGAUGAGGAUGGCCGGACCCUCACUGAUGAUGCGGAGAUUAACCCAUUCGUGCCGGAUGGUCUACCAGUAGAGGCAUGGAAAUGCUUCGGCAAGUGGGCUAUAGGGUGGCUACAGGCGAUCUUCAACUCUGUGCUAGAAACGAGAAGGAUGCCGGACGACUGGAGAAGCAGUAUCAUCAUACCCAUUUGUAAGAACAAGGGAAACGUACAGGACUGUGGUAACUAUCACGGCAUCAAGCUCACCUCACAUACCCUAAAGAUCUGGGAGCGAGUGAUAGACGUGAGGCUGAGGACAAUGGUGCAUGUCGGAGAAGAGCAGUUUGACUUCAUGCCAAACAGGAGCACCACAGACGCCAUCUUCAUUUUGAGGCAGAUAAUAGAGAAACACAGGGAAAGACAGGAGAACCUGCACUGCACCUUCAUAGAUCUUGAGAAGGCGUACAAUCGGGUGCCUAGGGAAGAACUGUGGGCGUGCAUGAGAGAGGCGAAGAUCCCUGAAAGCUAUGUGAGAGUGGUGCAAGACAUGUAUAAAUGGUGCACUACGAGAGUCAGAACUGCAUGUGGAGAGACAGAAGAGUUUAAGGUGACAGUGCGAUUACAGAACACGAGCGGAGGCCGAACACAGACUGGAACUGAACUGUGGCGACAUGCCCUGGAAAGACGCGGCAUGAGAGUGAGCUGGAAGAAAACAGAGUAUCUUUGCACAGGUGGAGGUCAGACAGAAGAAGGUACCAUCAAAUUUGAAGAUGUCCAAGUGAACCGAGUGAAGGAUUUCAAGUACCUAGGUUCAACUGUACAAGAAGAUGGGGGCACCGAGCUGGUAAUUGCGAGGAUGAUCCAGUCGGGAUGGAAUAGUUGGAAGAAGAUCACAGACAAGGUGAAGGGAAAGCUUCACAGGCUCAUGGUCAGACCGGCGAUGUUAUAUGGAUUGGAGACGGUCCCUCUAACAAAGUCGCAGGAAGGGAAACUAGAGGUGGCAGAGAUGAGGAUGAUGAGAUUUUAA